AUGACCCUUCCAACUUUGUACUUGCCAUAUCAAACAGUACGACCUUUGCUAUUGUCAGCAAAAGUAACUGACGGACCAAUUGCUUCUCUUAUAUCUUCCAACAGGGAUCUUGUGCCAGUCAUGUGCAUUGACGCUCCACUGUCAAGCACCCAAGCAACUCGUACAAUUCCACUGGAUAAGUUGAAGCUGGCACUGCCAGAUAAGUAUGGCUCAUUAUUCUCUGAUGAGAAUAUUCCUCACCCUGCAUCCUCCUCUGCUCAGCCAGAUGCUGAACCUAUCUCUGGUCCUUCCCAACAUGGGCCAGUUGUGAAAUCUGACCAACCACCAUCCUCUGGUCCUUCCCAACAAGGGCCAGUUGUAAAAUCAUCACCAAAAAGAGUCCUCAGAUCUUCUAAAUCUCCAACCAAACCAUCUCCUCCACCCAGAAAAAGAAGAUUCCUUCAAAAAAAUUCUGAUUCUGAUUCUGAUGAAGAACCCAUAAAAUCUCAACCAGUUCACAAACAGAGGAAGAAGAUCAGGCCAACCAUCAUCACUGAUCUGACUGUUGAUCCCCCUCACUUAGAAAAUAUUCAUCAAGCCUUGGUUCCUUUCUCUGAUCAGCAACAGGUUACAGAUCCUGUACUGAUUGAACCAAUUUCUACAAUGCCACUUGCGGAGUCUCAGACAGCAGCUGACAUCCCAAUGUCAGAAACAUUACCUGAAUUCCAAGCACAAUCAGAUGUUCCUCUGGAACCAAUUCCAGCUGAAAUUUUAACAGAGUCUGUGUUGCAGAUGAAUCAGGAAUCUCUGAUUCAAGUUGAAGAAAAUGUUGCAGCUCCUGUUCAGGAGGUCUCUUAUGCUGCAAACUCUGAUGCAGCCACAGAAGCUCUGGCUUCUCAUACACUCAACAUCUUGCUCAAUGAUGAUGAUGAUGAUGAUGAUACUACAGAGGUCACCUCUGUUCCAGCACAAGCUUCAGCAUCUCUUCCAGCUAUAAUCUCUGAUUCAUUCAGAGAAUUUACUCUAGUAAGAGAUGCUUCUCCAGUCAGAGAAUGCUCACCAGUCAAAGCACCUACACCUGCUCAAGAUCUUCCAGUACAGCAUACUAUCCUUGCUAAGAGCAAUGUCUUUAAACUGACAUAUCUACAAGGUAUGUGCAGAGCUCAACCUCCAUCUAUAGAAGCCAGACUGUCCAACAUUGAAUCUGCUCAAAGAUCCAUGCAGUCUACUUCGGCUGAUUUGAGCUCAUCUGUAGCUCAGCUGGUUAUAUUUCUCACCUCUGCUGAUGUCAAAAAGGGGGAGAAAGUACUGAAAGACAAAUGCAAAUCUGACCAGCCAAUGAAAAAGAAAAAGCCAGAUGGUGAUGAGGGUGGAAAUGAGAUUGCAGAUGGAAAUUCUGGGAAGCAGAUAAAGCUACAAAUCAAAGAUAAAGAAGAAUCUGGAAAGACAUAA